AUGGCUGAUUCUGUUGCCGCAGAUCGGCCCACAAAGCUGCUGCUUGACGAUGAUCCUGUACCGAAGCUAGAGAUGCUGAAGCGUCACCUGAUGACACCAGGUGGCCUCAUAGCCAUGCCAACUGAAACUGUGUACGGGUUGGCAGCCAAUGGCUUAUGUGAAACGUCGGUACGUCGGAUUUUCGAAGUGAAAGGAAGGCCUCUUACGGACCCUGUCAUCCUACAUGUGCCGAGAUUUGAAGAUGCGUUGUGUAACAUAUUCGACGCCGACCUCAGCGACGCGUGCAUGAUCCUUACCCUGGCAGAAAGGUUCGCACCGGGUCCAAUGACACUAAUCACACGAGGGAGGACUUCCAUUCCAUCCGUGGUGUCCGCGAACACUGGGUUCCCUGCGGUGCGGUGCCCCAACCACCCCGUUGCGCAGAUGAUUCUCCGGCACGUGGGCGUCCCACUCGCCGCACCCUCCGCGAACAAGUUUGGUCACAUAAGUCCUACUUCUACGGAGCACGUCCUUUCGGAGUUCAAUGAUGUUCCCAUGCUUGUUGUAGAAGGAGGCAAGUGUAACUUGGGGUUGGAAUCCACCGUUAUAAAAGUGGAGCCAACUGAUGGAGACGUGAGAGCGGACGAGUUCUUGCGCGAGCAUAAUGCAACCUAUGCGCACCUGCAGGCUGUGAUCUCCGUGAUUGCUCAAGAGCCGCUAAAGUUACAAGAGAUGCGCGACGAACUUGUCGGACGAUGUGCGAUGUCGGAUGGCAUGCCAUCCAGCCUACCCGGUGCACUGAUCGAUUACCUUAUCGCAAAGUCCGGUCUUCCUCGGAAGGUCACCAUCCUGCGCCCGGGGUUCGUCACUCAGGCUGACGUUGCGAAGCUGUUUGCCUCUUCGGUCUUUGGCAACGUGGAAGUUGGCUGCAGGGCCGUGUAUGCAAAGGCAGACGAACUCUGCGAUUCACCUGGCACAAGCCUGACACACUAUGCGCCGUCGGUGCCAACCUAUCUGGUUUGCAAAAAACAGACAUCCGGUGGGACGUGCAUCGACCCGCAGUGCAUCGUUAUGAUUGACGUCGGAGGCGUGCUUAGGGAACACUAUGGCCAGUUUUUGCACUAUAUGCCACUAGUUGAAGGUGAUGAGACAGUAGCACGCGAACUUUAUGGCUCACUGCGCGAGGCGGAGAGGGUGGCUCUGCAAUUUAACGGUACCGGUCACCAAAGCGGAAAUCAUUCCAACAAGGCGAACCCUACCGCUGUAAUCGUCGUUAACUAUCCACACGGCCAAACCGAAUUGAGUACUACACUUCGUGACCGUCUAGUUCGCGCAUCUUCUGGCAGGACCAUUAGCUAUUGCUUAGGAUCUGGAACACCCCAGUUCCACAUAUAA